AUGGGCGAACGUCUCGCUGUGGACCCGGCCAACUCGGACAUCAUCUACCUCGGAGCUCGAAGCGGAAAAGGUCUGUGGAGGUCUACGGAUGCAGGCGCCACUUUCAACAACGUCACUUCCUUCACGGCAGUUGGGAAUGCUGCGCAGAACAAAAGUGACAUAACUGGGGUGGGAACCGACCUCCAGGGACUGACUUUUGUCACGUUCGAUGAGACAUCCGGGACUACAGACGCCGGUGCCACAAAACGUAUCUUUGUUGGAUCGGCCAACGACGGAGAUGUCGAGACUGUAUGGGUCUCCAAUGACGCCGGUGAGAACUGGGAGCCGGUAAAGGGCCAACCAGGCGAUUACUUCCCGCACAAGGCCAAACUGCAGCCAGAGGAAAAGGCGCUUUAUCUCACUUACAGUAAUGGGCUCGGACCCUUCGACGGUACCAAAGGAUCCGUCUGGAGAUACGACCUGAGAAACUCAACUUGGAAAGACAUUACUCCGGUGCCAAAUGCCACCCUAGCCCACGGCUUUGGUGGUUUGGGUCUUGACAUGCAGCAGCCCGGGACGCUCGUAGAUUCGUCAAUGUUCCGGGUGAAGCACGUGGGGUGGAUGAUUGAAGCACUGGAGAUCGAUCCUCUCAACAGUGAUCAUUGGAUGUAUGGAACGGGCAUGAGUGUUUGGGGAGGUCGGGACUUGACCAAAUGGGACAAGAGCCCUCGCGAAAACGUCACAAUCCAGAACAUGGCUUACGGCAUGGAGGAGACCGCCGUGUUGGACCUCGCUUCCGCUCCUUCAGGAACCGAGCUCUUGGUCGCAGUCGGCGAUAUCGACGGGUUCACAUACAGGAACAGCAGCGACCUCGACACACCGCCCUCCACCCCGUGGACGAAUCCUCAAAUUUCUACGACAGUUGGAGUCGACUUCGCCGGGAACGGCGUCGAACACGUCGUGCGUGUAGGGAACAGCUCCGACGGCUCACAAAGCCAGAUUAUCACCAGCGCCGACGGCGGUGCCACGUGGAAAGCCCACCUGGGGACCGAUAAUUCGACCUAUGGUGGUAAUGCGGCUUUCUCGGCUGAUGGAGACACGAUCCUGUGGUCCUCAUGGAACAGGGAGGUCUACCUUUCCAGGAACGGCAGCGACUUCACUCCCGUCUCGAGUCUUGCCCCGGGCGCGGUCAUCGCUGCUGACAAGCGCAAUGGCUCCGUCUUCUAUGGCGCCUCCAAGGGUGUGUUCCAUGUGUCGACCGACACGGGGGCUACAUUCGCACAAGCCGGUGAGCUGGGCAACGCUACAGUGGUGGUUGACAUCGCCGCGCACCCGGUCACCGAGGGCGAGGUCUACGUUUCGACCAACGGGGGAAUAUUCAAGAGCACGGACAACGGCUCCACCUUCACGCUGAUAACGGCGGGCGCGCUCACCAACACACAGCUGAUAGCCCUGGGACUGGGCCCGGAUGCUACCUCCUGGGCUAUAUAUGCAUUUGGAAAGGGGCCAGCGGGCACGAGGCUCUAUGCCAGUGUCGAUGGCGGCGCUUCGUGGCAAGACAUUCAGGGCGAUGCGCAGGGCUUCGGUGCAGUAAACUCAGAAAAGGGCAAACUCGCCGGCAGCGGAAAUGUGCCUGGUCGGGUUUACGUUGGCACGAAUGGCAGAGGCACAUUCUACGGGACCAUGGCCCAAGAUAGUUAG